AAGAAGCCUACACUUAUUAAGUGCCUAGAUCAAUAUAAAUAGAAGGGCUCUCGUGCGGCCACUUCCAGACCAGAUUGUGAGUUUCACCAGCUGAAAACUGUUAAUUUCCGGUGCGAACGUAGAUUUAGUGAUUUUAGUAGGAUGAAGGUGCUGCUACUUUUGUGCGCAUUGUGUGUGCUAUCCAGUGCGGUUGAGUUCCAGGAUGAUCCAGAAGUAGAACUACCAUCGUUCAUGCGCAUAUGUAAUCGCAACGACCCUGAACUUGGCCAGUGUAUCAAGGACUCCAUUCAGCAGCUACUUCCAGAAUUGACUAACGGCAUCCCAUCUAUCGAUUUUCCGGCAAUCGACCCUUUCACGCAAGACAGCAGCUACUACGAGUUCAAGAAUGAGCAAAUAUUCGGCUCGAUGCAUAUCAAAAAUGCUAAAACGUACGGUUUAAGCCAAGCUAAAAUCAAAGAUGUGCGAGCCAGUGCCGAUGAUACGUCCUUCAAGAUGGAAGUCGAUGUUCACUUCCCGAAGAUAAUCACCGAGGGCAAGUACAAAGGCGAAGGUCGCUACAACGUGAUUAAAGUCGUGUCCAAAGGUUUCUUCAAUGUUACUACCAUUGAUGUUUCGGUUACAUGGAAAAUCUCUGGGCAUACCACCCAACGUCAGGGAGAAGAAUAUCUGGUGAUUGAUAAAUUCAACAUGUCUCCGGAAGUAGGCGAUAUGAAAGUCUUCGCCACCGGUUUAUUCCCUGAUCCGGGAAUGAAUCAAGUUGCACUGGACUUUGUCAAUCAGUACUGGCCUUCACUGUACAAACAAAUGCUACCUGAAACGCGCCGCACCUGGGAACCGUUAAUGAUUGAUAUGUUUAACAAAAUGUUCAACCGUGUACCAUAUCGGAGGUUGCUGCCAAAGGCUGAUUUAUAAAUCAGUCGCCGUAGCUAAGUAGGGUUGAGUUAUUGUUGUAAAUGUGAUAUGAUGGUCUAUUCACAAGUUAGACACCAGGGAAUUGGAAUAGGUGUUACGGUACGAUUCAUUUCUACAAUCAACGUUGCAACAAAAUAGACGUGGAGUUUUGUACAUACAA